UUCUCAUCUCGUUCACGUCUAUGUGUCCCAUGCCGACAGCGUAAGAAAAUCCGUACGAAUUUAUCCAUUCCGUAAGUAUUUAUCCAUUUCUUAAACCUUACUAAUGCUUUAUUUCGACAUUUUGAUUUAGUGAAAGUGAUUGUUUCAAAUCUGCGGAUGGUUGAUGCGUCUUUUCUCUCAGUGAGUGUUACAUAAACGAUUUGACUUUUGGGGAACGCUAGGAUGUGUAUGUGCCGUAAGAAUAACGCAAAAAUAGAUUUUUGUUUCACAAACCUUCGUUAGUUUAUAAAUAAAGUCGUGAUGCAUAAAGUGUACAAUUCCGAACGUAAUCACUAGCCGCCCCAUUGGUCGAAUAUUUGAGAUGGGCAACGCUCUGAGUUCGGCGUAUUCUGGCGAUCAGGAAAUUGACCCGACUUUGGAGAAUACGAAAAUCGGUGCCAAAUACGAAGUUCAAACGGACGGAAUCAGUUCGGAAGCAGUUCUAGACGAAACAGCGACGUGUACGGAUCAUAUUGAGCAAUUGCGCGAGUUCGAGGCUGAUCUGAAGACGAAACGAGAACAGAGACGGGGAAUUUUGCGGGACAAGAAGAUGGAGUUUGAUCGGCUACGUAGCGAAGUUGAAAGGCUGAAUCAGGAAAACAUAUUACUGAAAUCCUUCCGUACAGAAGAAGAAGAAGAUACAACGAAAUCUUGGAGCAAAAUCGUUGAGCUCACUGAAGAAGUGGUUAAACUGAAGCAGGAGAAUGAGAGUUACAAGAAAUUGCAACCAGCGUCCCAAUCGCAGGAAGAAAAUACGGCAGCAAUCGAAGAAAACGAGGCUUGUCUUCAAAAGGAGGAGAUCGAGAAACUUCGCAAGGAAAUCGUCAAGCUGAAACGUGAGCUAGAAGUGCAGAAGAGGUUUGAUUGUCCGGAUGACAUCCUGAACGAAAAUGAACGGUUACGAAGAGAAAACGAUGGACUGAAAAUGAUCCUCGACGAGAAAUCAAGGCUGCUAGAAGACAGCGAAAAACUGAUCGAGAAGAACAGAGAGCUAAGAAUCAGCAUUUCGAAAAUGCAAAAGGAAUUGCAGGAGUUGAACACCGAAUUGAUCGAAUUCGAAAAGGAGAGACAGGAGUAUAACACGCACGUAUUGGCACUCAAAGAUGUGAUAUCCGUAUCUAAAAAUAUGCUGCAGAUUAGAGAAGCUCAACUUAAAGAACUGAAGCAAAAGGUGGAAAGUAUCGAGGCUUCCUUACAAGAAAAAGAAAUGAACAUUCUAUCCCAAGACUUGCGCAUGGAAUAUGAACGGCAGCUCGAGAACAUGAGAAGUUUGAGGACAUUGUAUCAGGAAAGAUCCAGAAUUGAAAAACUGGAAAGGGAACAAAUGCAGUCGCAAUUGGAGGAGAUUAAAAAGCAAAUGGAGCAGGAGCAAAACAAAAAUAAGGAGCUACAAGAAAGAAUGGAAAAGGUGGAAGCCGACAACUCUGAAAAAUACGACGAAAUCAAACAUCUAGAAUCCAGUUUGGGUCUAGCAAAAGCAGAGGGUCGUCAAUAUCAAGCGGAACUGACAGUCAUCAACCAACUGUUUUCAGAAAUCCUGCUUGGCUUCAACAAUUCUCAAGACAUUGAUCUUGAUAAGCUUCAGAGGCAAUUGGAAGACCAUCAUGAUCUUCUACAAGAUAUCGUCGUCAACGAAGUUUCGUCGGAGGUUUCAUACGCUUUGCCAAAACUUCUACUGGACCUGCUGAACAAUGCAGAUACUAGCAAAGGCUGUGAUACGGAGCUAGAAAAUAUAGAAACAGAGGAUCUCAAAGGAGAAUCAUCAGAUUGCCAACAACCGGCGAUCAACAGCAAGAUGAAUAGCCCGGAGGAGAUCGUCCAGAACCUCCCGAAAGUCUGGCGAGUGCUGAUCGAGCUGUUGAGCCACCAGAUGGCUCCGACUAACAGCCUGUCAGGAGAAGACGACUCGGAAAAUCCGUGCUACAAAACAGUCCAAACCGCCAAAGGUCCCAGUCUGGUCGCCAGCGUCAGUCAGACCUUUAUCAGGCUGAAGGACCUCAUCUUGGAGAAGAAGGCGUUGGAGAAAGAGACGAACCAUUUGAAACAGUUGAAUGGACAUUUAGAGAAUAGGCUGCAGGACCAAGCGAAACGACUGGAACAUGUGCAGAGCGAACUUUCGAAAACGUGGCAUGUGGUGGGAAAACUACAAAAACAACAUCACUUGCUACACACUCAAGAAAAGAUCCUGCGAUACGAACUGGCGCAAAAACGCAAACUGCUGACCGAUUUGAAAGAAGAACUCGAAUAUAGCAGAGAAAAAUCCGCUCAGGCUAGAGAGAAAAACACCAAUACCGAGCAGCAAUGGCGACUUCUUAGGAACGAGUUUGCAUCUAGAAAGAAAAAUGCGAUUAUAUUGAAAGACGAUAUAAACAAUAGCGUGGAGAGCGGAUACAGCGAUGACAGAGAAUGUUCCAGUGAAGACGAACCUGGAUAUGAAACAGACGUUUCUGAGUGCGCACAGAAAAACCAAGAGGACGUUGGAAAAGUGUGCGAUGUUCUGGAAAUAAUUCAGAAUGAAAUUGCGGGUAUUGCACAUGUCGGUGAAGAUAGUGGGUCAAAAGAUAUCACAGACGAAAACGUUGGUGACGUUAGUGAGACAGUUGAAGAUGGAGAAACUACUGAAAAUGGUAGUGAUUCCAAAGGAGCUACAAGCACUACUGAUAACUGUGAUUUAAAUGUUCAAAAUCGUUCAGAAAGCCAAACCAGUGAAAGAGAAACAAACGCUCAUGAAGACAAGACUGUAUUAAUACAAAUUCCUACCAGAACCACGACUAACAGAACUAACGAUGAAGUUACAAAUAUAAGACUAAAUACUAACGAAUCUGUAGAUGUUACUGAGAACAUUUCAUCUGGACACACCUCCGGCGAUGAAGCAAAAAAUGACGCGAGUGAGGUGGCUUCCACUAGUUCCUCUAGCGAGACAUUUGAAGAAAGACUUGCUCGGCGAGAAGAAAGGCUGAAAAGAUUGGAAGGUCAAGCGAGUAAUCUGGUAAACCAAGCUGCUUCUACUGCAACCAAAAGUGUGGAUAUUUCCAACAAACUCGAUAGUUUGCACAAAACUUACGGUUCAAAGUCUAAGGAAGCUUCUGAUGACGACGAUGAGGUAGAUGGGGAUGAUCAAAAAUAGGUGUACGUUAAUGUAAUCAAACAGAUUGAUAUCUGAGCGUGAAAGCGUUCAAAGUGGAAAAGUUAUUUCUAAAAAAGGAGCUUUGAAUUAUUACUGAAAGAGAAUCUUUCGUUCACUUUACACAGGGUGUCCCAAUAUUUCGUGGACCAGCACCAAGCGGACAAGCAUAGAAGUGAUUUAUGUCCAAAUAUAAAUACGUGAUACUUCUACGGAAUAUUGGGAGACCCUAUCUUGAGAAACUUCGAUUAUAAAAAAGGCAAUUAAUUUUUCCUUAGCCACACACCAUAUUGUAGUACUUCCCUGAUGUGACCAGAAAAUUAUCUCAGACUUACAUAUCACUUAAAACUAUUGAUAGCUAUUAUAUUAUUGUAAAUGGUAGUAUUAUAUACAUAUAUAGUUUUGCUAUUCAAUGUUCAAUGAUUUUUCAGUAUAAUUUGUCGUAAUUUUGAUGAUCUUUGUAUAUAAACGUUAGUACAUAGUUAUUUUUGUAAUUUGAGGUAGACUGUUGAACUUUGUAUAUUCAAUCUGUUUUAUAAAUUUUGUAUCGUCAUAUCCGACAGUUGUUUCAUUUCCCUGUAUCAAACUUAGGAUUUGGGUUUGGAAAAGAGAAAAUACGUAUGAUCUUUCAGAAACAAUUUAUUCCAAAUAUACUGGUGCUAAUAUUUUCUAACAACUAAUCAACAAAAACAUGUAGUUUCGUAUGUACAAACAAAAGAAAUAAAUACUGCUUAAUUAUAGCCGAAAAGAUUAUACAAAUGUGUAAGUGCAUAACCAAGCAUAGUUACUUUCAUUGGUAAAAACAAUAUAAUCUAAAAACAACCCUACCUGGCACAAUUAUUUUACAAACAAAUCCAAC